UCUCCGUCGCAGUUCGAGGCACUAGAUCUAUGGUUGCCCAUGGCGCUGAUGUCAUACAUUUGUGCCCAUCAAAGUGAAAGUGUUGUUGUUGUUCCCACUGCUACCAAAGCUACUACUACUUUUGCUCGUGAGCCUUCGUGUUGGCCAACUGUCAACUGUCUACUUGGUCGCAGUCGCAGUCAUGUGUCGUUAUCCUGCAAGUGAAAACAAAAGUGUUUUGUGCGCUAUGCGAAAGUAAUUAACCAGAAAAAUUCAAGAAUAAACCCAAAACAACUUGUGAAGUUUUAUGAAGUGAAACUAAACUGAAAUUAGGAUUACUCAAGACUAAAGCAAAUCACAUCACAACUCCAUUAAAGGAUUAUAACAUUAAUAAAUCGUAUCAAUACAAUGGAUAGUUUCAUAUUAUUAUGUUGUCUCUUGCAGUUGUUCAGAAAUGCAGCUGCAGUUAUCGGAGUUGAGAGUCCAUCGAUGGCCGUUGGAGAUGGUGCCGGAGAGAUGCUGGCAUCGUCUCAGCCACCGCCACCGCCAUCAGCACUCACGCUGACGCCAUCGACGCCAUCAAUAACGCAUUUUGUAAAUGACUCCUUCAUCAUCUUCUGCAAAACAGUACAAAAGGAUAUCGACACCAAGUGGCGUGAUCCCCGUGGCCAGACCCGUGAGAAUACCAAAGGACGUGUCCACAUCGAGAAGAAGACGGGUCUGUUGGCUCUCGUCUUUGAGCAUAUUUCACUGGACGAUAAGGGCAACUGGACCUGUGAAAUGGACCCAGCUGCCGCUGCACGGGAACCAACAAAAUCAUUUGAGCUACUCGUAAAUCAGAAGAUCUCGUUUGACAAGACGGAGCUGGUGCAAUCAGUGCGCGAAGGACGCGAUGCGCUGGUCAAUUGCUAUGUCAAAGGACAACCAGCACCGGAAGUCUCUUGGCUGCACAAUGGCGAAUACAUAAACACUGUGAACUCGACGAAGCAUCGACGCCUGUCGGACGGACUGUUUAUCCGGAAUGUGAGUCAAACGGAUGCCGGAGAAUACACAUGUCGCGCCAUGCGCAUCACGCCCACAUUUUCCGAUUCGGAUCAGAUAACGAUACUGCUAAGGAUACAGCAUAAACCCCAUUGGUCAUACAACGAAACGUUGCCAAUGCAAUACGCCUAUGUGGGUGGCGCCGUUAACCUUAGCUGCGAUGCAAUGGGAGAGCCACCGCCAUCGUUCACCUGGCUGCAUAACAGCAAGGGCAUCGUGGGCUUCAAUCAUCGCAUCUUCAUGGCCGACUAUGGGGCGACACUGCAGCUGGAUAUACGCAAUGCCAGCCAGUUUGGCGACUACAAGUGCAAGGUGGCCAAUCCCUUGGGCAUGCUGGAGCGCAUCAUUAAACUGCGAACGGGCAUCAAGCCAAUUGGACCCACACGCAUUCAGCUGAAGCGUUUGUAUCCGGACGCUCUCGAGCUCGAUCUGCGCUCGCCUCGCAUGACCAACGCCACCGAUGAGAUGCAAAUCUUUGGCUAUCGCGUCGCCUACAUGAGCGAGAGUGAUUUCAAAUACAGUGCUGGUAACUGGAGUCAUGCCAAACAGCGCGAUUUCUCCUUCCAUCGCGGUCAUCGUUUCAUUGUGCCACAUUUGAAGAGCAACACGACGUAUUUGAUGCGAGUGGCAUCCCGUAAUCUGGCUGGUCUGAGUGAUUGGAGCACGGUGAGGAAAUUUGCCACUGCAACGGCAUCAAGCUGGAAGGCAAUCAGCUGGCAGCUGCUAAUGAUAUCGUUCAUUGGCCUCGCUUUGAUGUGGUAUUAAAUGAGUAGGAGUGGAGAACAUUAAAUUAUUUGCAUUGAUUAUAGAAUUAUUGAUUAUUCGUUAUUACGACAAACUGAUUAUCAAUUAUCGCGUUUUGAAAACCAAGUUAACUGAAGCCUUAGUUAAUGUUGUUGCUGUUAUUGCUGCUGAAUAUUUUGGAAGCAUCUUGUGUUUAUGUGUGUAUCUUCUGUGAUAAAGUUUUGUGUGCCAUUCACUUACGAUUGAUUAUCCCUCUCCCCAACCCUGAUUAUAUAGAGAGAGACGACUGCUUUGCAAACGAAUUUGUUCAUACCCAUCAUCAUUUCAAAUAUGAAAAUUUGUUUAAUCGACUACAACUAUUGGUUUUGAUUUUGCGGAGACAAAGAAAGAAUCUAUAGAUAAAUUCGAAACAAAACAAAAGUAAACAAAGCAAAAAAAAAAAACAUAUGCAUUGUCAACUCUACCUUAUACGAGUAAUAUGAUAGUUAAAUCUAAAUUUAGCCUAACUCUACAUCAAUGUUGUUCAUGCGAUACUAAAUAAAUAUUUAAAUAGCAUCUAAGAUCUUCCCAAACACACACACACACA